UGGAAUGAAAGAUAUAGAAAGUUAUUUGCGUACUCAUAAAUUAUAAAAUAACGGAUGGAAUCCAAAUUUUAGGAUGCCCUCUCUCUCGAUCUCGCUCUAUAAAUGAAUGCUAAGCCAUGAGAUUGAAGAUUUUGGAUGCAAAAUUGCUUCCACUGUAUCCCCUUCACGAUUCCAUUUACUUCUAGCUCGAGAAAUUGGAUUUCUGAAGUCGAAAUAGGGAGUCAUUUGAUGGGUUGGUUCUUGGUUAUUUCUGCCUUGGUUGUAAUUUGGAUUGCUUCAUUAUGCAAAAUCUUUUCAUCUUAUAGCAGUGGUGGUUUCUUAAAUGAUGUCACUCCUCAAAAGAGAAAUAUCUUGCUGGUCAUUGCCCAUCCAGAUGAUGAGUCUAUGUUUUUUUCUCCAACGAUAAACUUCCUUACAUCAAGGGGACAUAAACUUCAUAUUUUAUGCAUGUCAAUUGGUAAUGCAGAUGGCAUGGGAACCAUGCGAAGAGAAGAGUUAUACAAAGCUUCCACCGUUCUUAAGGUGUUUGAGCCUAAAAUAGACGAAGUUCCCCCCAAUCAACUGAAGAUCCUGGACCAUCCAGGUUUGCAGGAUGGUUUUGGCAAAGUGUGGGAUCAUAAAUUGCUGGCCGAGAUUAUUGAACAGGAAAUAUCAAGCCAUGCGAUUGACUUGAUUAUUACUUUUGAUAGCUAUGGAGUUUCUGGUCACUGUAAUCAUCGUGAUGUGCACAAUGGGGUGCGAGAUUUCUUACACAAUAAGGCUCCACAAAGUUUCGAGGCAUGGGAACUAGUCAGUACCAAUAUACUGCGGAAGUAUAGUGGACCAAUUGAUAUCUGGUUAUCUAUUUUGUUUUCUGAAGCGCACACAAGGGGAAUAACACAUUGCUUGGUAAAUGAAUGUCCACGACAAAGCUUCUUUGCAAUGGCUCAGCAUGCAAGCCAAUGGGUUUGGUUUCGGAAACUUUUUGUUACAUUUUCCAGUUAUACCUUUGUCAACACACUCAAAAAAAUCAACUAGCCAUGCUGUUAUCACACCAUAUGAUGUUACAGUAUCCACCUAUAUCUACUACGUGGGAACUGUGCACUGGGAUUUCUUCAUUUCAUGUGAGGUUUAGAUUGAAGUCUCUCCCUAUUUCUGGUGCAUUCUAAUGAUUGUGCUUUAUACAGUAUUAAGCAUUCACAUGUUGAUUUUACUGUAACUUAACAUGGAGUUCAUCAGCACAUGUUAGAAAUCCAUUGACAAUUGCAUUAACAGAGCUUGAGCCUAA